UUUGGCUCCGCGAAGUUUCAGUGACGGGGGCAUCGCCGCAGCUGGAGAGAGAGUGAGAAAGAGAGAGAAGUAGCGCACCGAAGGGAAAGAAUAGUCGGGAAAGACUUGGAGAGAGGGUGCCCCAUCCAUCUAUCCCUUCAUUUAUCCCUCCAUCCUCAUGACGUGAUUCACUUAUGGCUGCAUGAGAAGCUCUGUCCCUCCACGCUCCUCUCUCUCGCUUCCUUUCCGUGGGACUUUUGGGUUACUGCUUGUGUCCUGAUAGACAGCGCUUGUCAUAGCCUAAGUAUAACCGAGCUCGAGCGAUCCACGCGCGGUGUGGACGGGUGGUCAUGGAUACACCUAUCAGAUGGAAAGUAAAGAGGAGGCUUAAGGAGGUGCGGCUGUCGCUACUGAUAGCAUUUUUGAUGUUUGUCACCUCCAGAGCCAGCGCAGCUCAACCAGCCGAUCUCCUAAAGAUUUUAGAUUUUAAGAGUUUGCCGGAGGGUGUAACGAAAACCACAGGCUUCUGCGCACAUAGGAAGUCAUCGAAAGGGCCCGAUGUCGCCUACAGAGUCACAAAAGAAGCACAGCUCAGCGCACCAACUAAACAACUUUAUCCCUCGUCCAUGUUCCCUGAGGACUUCUCUAUCCUGGCGACGGUGAAGCCGAACAAGGGCAGUCAGUCCUUCUUGCUGUCGGUUUAUAAUGAGCAAGGCAUCCAGCAGCUCGGACUGGAGAUGGGCCGCUCACCGGUCUUCCUGUACGAGGAUCACAUGGGUAAACCCGGCCCAGAAGACUACCCGCUCUUCAGAGGGAUUAACCUGGCCGACGGAAAGUGGCACCGUGUGGCGAUCAGCAUUCACAAACAGAGCAUCACUCUCAUUUUGGACUGUAAGAAAAAGAUCACACGGACACUAGCCAGAAGCCCUCACCCCAUCAUCGACACCAAAGGGAUUGUGGUCUUUGGAACGCGUAUCCUGGACGAGGAGGUGUUUGAGGGUGACAUCCAGCAGCUGAUGAUUGUAGCAGACCACCGGGCUGCGUUUGACUACUGUGAACACUACAGCCCUGACUGUGAGGUUCCUGCCCCAGAACAGCCCCAGAACCAAGACCCAAACACUGAUGAAUAUAACACAGAGGAUGACAACUACUAUUAUGAAUAUCCAUACUAUGAGGACAUGAAUGGGGAAAAGACAGGAGAAACGACGACAACCGAUGAAGUGACUGGAGCUGCAACAGAAGACCUGACGGUGUCUGUUCCGGAUAGCAGUCGUGUGAUUACCUCGGUUAUUACUGGAAGUUCACCAAGAGGAGGAAGUUCAGGUAGUUCCUCUUCAUCCUCCUCUUCAUCCUCCUCAUCUGCAUCCUCUGGCUCCACCACGAAAACUGGCGAGGACCCGUACGACGGUUAUGAUGGGUACGAGACGGGAUACGAGACAUAUUAUGACGAGUCGACUUCCCGUCCUGAGAGCUCUCGGACCAUCACCAGCACCAGUACAGGUACAGCCGGAGAAGUUGAUGUUGGACUGGGCGGCGAGGUGGAUCUGGGACUGGGAGAAGAACUGGACAGACGCAUCAUCACGUCUGCAGGAGGAGGAAGUGGGAGAGUUCACACUAUUACACGAAACGUAACAUCGAGUUCUGGAUCCAGUUCCAGAGUCAGUUCCGGCUCUAGCUCCAGUGGCAGUGCCGGAUCCGGUUCCAGUGGCAGUACUGGAUCCAGUUCCAGAGUCAGUACCGGCUCCAGCUCCAGUGGCAGUGCCGGAUCCGGUUCCAGUGGCAGUACUGGAUCCAGCUCUUCAUCUACCUCGGCUGGUGGUUAUGAUGAUAAUUACGGUGAGGGUUAUGAUCUGCCCUAUGGAGAGGGUUACGGUGAAGGAUAUGGAGAGGGAGAUUACACCGAGGGAGGAGGCGGCAGCAGCAGCAGCACCUCUGUGUCUGUAGGGGGCGGUUCUGUGUCUGUUGGAGGUGGAUCAGUUUCUUCCAGUGGAUCAGUAGUAGGGGGCGGGUCUACCAGUGCCGGUGCCAGCGCGGGGGCGGGGUCUGUUGCCACGGGAGCUGGACAAGGAGGAAUUGGUGGAGAGUCCAUUGACAUCGACAAGUUCAAGGAGGAGUCCAUCACGGAUUACACCGACUCAGAACUGGAGAAGAUGUACGACUAUGACAACUUGUAUACCGAUGGCGAAAAAGAGCUUCCCGCGGAGACCGUUGAGUCCUACGGCCAGGUGGAUGGACUCAGAGGAGAGAAAGGCCAGAAGGGAGAGCCUGCUAUCAUCGAACCUGGGAUGCUGGUCGAAGGACCACCUGGUCCAGAGGGUCCCACGGGUCUCCCUGGUUCUCCGGGUUCCUCAGGACCCCCGGGAAGCUCCGGAGAGCCUGGUGAGAGGGGUCUUCCCGGUCGUUCUGGUCUACCUGGUGCUGAUGGUCUUCCAGGACCUCCAGGGACUGUUCUGAUGUUGCCUUUCCGCAUGAGUUCAGGAGGAGACUCGAAGGGUCCUGCUGCUUCUGCUCAAGAGGCUCAAAUGCAAGCCAUCAUGCAGCAGGCCAGGCUGGCAAUGAGAGGUCCAACCGGACCAAUGGGAUUGACGGGCCGUUCCGGUCCUCUGGGUCCUCCUGGUGUGGCUGGACUGAAAGGAGAGUCUGGAGAUGCAGGACCUCAGGGUACCCGUGGUCCAACGGGAUCCCUCGGUCCGACUGGAAAGCCAGGUCGAAGGGGGCGAUCUGGAUCAGAUGGAGCCAGAGGAAUGCCUGGACAGACCGGAUCGAAGGGUGACAGGGGAUUUGACGGUCUAGCUGGUUUGCCCGGUGAAAAGGGCCACAGGGGCGAGUCGGGCCCUCAAGGACCACCGGGACCUCUGGGAGAGGAUGGAGAAAGAGGCGAUGAUGGCGAGGUCGGACCCAGGGGUCUCCCUGGAGAGUCGGGUCCUCGUGGUUUGCUGGGCCCCAAAGGACCCCAGGGACCCCCAGGAGCUCUUGGUGUGACUGGAAUGGACGGUCAUCCAGGACCUAAAGGAAACAUUGGACCUCAAGGUGAGCCCGGCCCACCUGGACAGCAAGGCAAUCCUGGAGCUCAGGGACUUUCAGGUCCUCAGGGAGCAAUUGGACCUCCAGGAGAGAAGGGCCCCACUGGAAAGCCAGGUUUACCGGGAAUGCCAGGAGCCGACGGACCUCCGGGUCACCCUGGAAAAGAAGGGCCUGGUGGAGAGAAAGGACACUUGGGACCUCUUGGUUCUCAGGGCCCGAUCGGAUAUCCUGGAUCGAGAGGUGUAAAGGGUGCUGAUGGAGUCCGUGGGCUGAAAGGACACAAGGGUGACAAGGGAGAAGAUGGUUUUCCUGGAUUUAAGGGAGAUAUGGGCAUCAAAGGAGAUCGGGGAGAACUUGGACCUGCUGGGCCCAGAGGUGAGGAUGGACCGGAAGGACCCAAAGGAAGAGGCGGUCUCCCUGGAGACCCCGGACCUCUCGGGUCGUCAGGAGAGAAGGGUAAGCUUGGUGUGCCCGGGUUGCCCGGUUAUCCAGGAAGACAAGGCCCCAAGGGUUCUCAGGGAUUCCAGGGAUUCCAAGGAACCAGUGGAGAGAAAGGCACAAGGGGGACACCAGGUAAGCCGGGACCCCGGGGACAGAGAGGACCUACGGGACCUCGAGGAGAAAGAGGCCCGAGGGGACCCACAGGAAAAGCAGGACCAAAGGGCAACUCAGGAAGCGAUGGCCCCCCAGGACCACCCGGUGAACGGGGUCUGAUGGGACCGCAGGGACCCACUGGAUUCCCCGGCCCCAAGGGUCCACCUGGACCUCCCGGAAAGGAUGGGCUGCCCGGACACCCCGGCCAGAGAGGAGAAACUGGUUUCCAAGGCAAAACUGGACCGCCCGGACCCCCAGGUGUUGUCGGACCUCAGGGACCAACAGGUGAGACAGGACCAAUGGGAGAGCGAGGCCACCCUGGACCCCCAGGACCACCCGGUGAACAGGGUCUACCUGGACCUGCAGGCAAAGAGGGAGCGAAGGGAGAUCCAGGUCCGGCAGGUCCAACGGGUAAAGACGGACCUCCAGGGCUGCGAGGAUUCCCAGGCGAGCGAGGUUUACCAGGUCCCAUGGGAUCAGCAGGUUUGAAGGGAAGUGAAGGACCCCCUGGUCCACCCGGACCUGCUGGUUCUCCUGGCGAACGUGGUCCGGCUGGCCCAGCUGGUCCCACUGGCCUCCAUGGCCGACCUGGACCUCAGGGACCCCCAGGCCCCGCUGGAGAGAAAGGUGGACCUGGUGAGAAAGGACCUCAAGGCCCAGCUGGUAGAGAUGGUAUUCAGGGACCCGUGGGACUUCCGGGUCCGGCUGGACCCAUCGGAUCUCCGGGAGAGGAUGGUGAUAAGGGAGAGAUCGGAGAACCAGGACAGAAGGGAAGCAAAGGUGACAAGGGCGAGCAGGGUCCUCCAGGGCCAACCGGUCCUCAGGGGCCUGUGGGUCAGCCCGGUCCUUCAGGUGCAGAUGGAGAGCCGGGGCCCAGAGGUCAACAAGGUCUGUUUGGACAAAAGGGAGACGAGGGUGCACGAGGUUUCCCGGGACCACCCGGACCCGUCGGCCUUCAGGGUUUGCCCGGACCCUCCGGUGAGAAAGGAGAGACUGGAGAUGUCGGUCAGAUGGGUCCCCCUGGCCCACCCGGUCCCAGAGGCCCCUCAGGACCCCCAGGAGCUGACGGACCACAGGGUCCUCCGGGAGGUAUUGGAAACCCAGGAGCGGUGGGAGAGAAGGGUGACUCUGGUGAACCAGGAGAACCGGGUACACAGGGAGACGUUGGCCCGCCGGGUCCAAGAGGUGAAAGAGGAGAGAAGGGAGAAGGUGGACCUGCAGGUUCUGCUGGCCCCCCUGGUCCAAAAGGACCACCAGGAGAUGACGGUCCUAAAGGAAGUCCUGGUCCGAGUGGUUUCCCCGGUGAUCCUGGUCCUCCUGGAGAGCCUGGGCCUUCUGGUUUGGAUGGUGCUCCUGGUGACAAGGGAGAUGACGGCGAGGCUGGUCAGCCUGGUUCUCCUGGACCAACUGGUGAAACCGGCCCCACCGGUCCUCCAGGAAAGAGAGGACCUCAUGGACCUGCUGGACCUGAAGGAAGACUGGGAGAGAAGGGUGCCAAGGGUGAAUCUGGUCUGGAGGGUCCCGCUGGGAAGACGGGUCCGGUUGGACCUCAGGGAGCCCCUGGAAAGCCUGGUCCUGAUGGUCUGAGAGGAGUUCCUGGUCCAGUGGGAGAGCAAGGACUGCCUGGUUCUCCCGGACCCAAUGGACCCCCUGGACCAAUGGGUCCUCCUGGUUUACCCGGCUUGAAGGGAGAUUCUGGUGUUAAAGGUGAAAAGGGUCACCCUGGUCUGAUCGGACUGAUCGGACCUCCAGGAGAACAGGGCGAGAAGGGCGACCGGGGACUGCCGGGUCCACAGGGUACUUCAGGACUUAAAGGAGACACUGGUAUCGCAGGACCCUCUGGACCGCUCGGACCGAUUGGACCUCCUGGACUGCCGGGUCCUGCUGGCCCUAAAGGUGCUAAGGGAUCAUCUGGUCAGACUGGUCCGAAGGGAGAACCUGGACACCCUGGAACUCCUGGACCUCCGGGGCCACCUGGUGAUGUCAUCCACCCUCUGCCUAUGCAUUCCAGCCCGAAACGGGCAAAGAGGAACAUUGAUGCCAGCCAGAUGAUGGACGACGCUGCAGAUGCCAACUACAAAGACUACGAGGAUGGUAUGGAGGAGAUCUUCGGCUCUCUGAACUCUCUCAAACUGGAGAUCGAGCAGAUGAAGCACCCGCUGGGCACGCAGAGUAACCCCGCCCGCACCUGCAAAGACCUGCAGCUGUGCCACCCAGAUUUCCCAGAUGGUGAAUACUGGAUCGAUCCGAACCAGGGCUGUUCCAGGGACUCUUUCAAAGUCUACUGUAAUUUCACCGCUGGUGGGGAGAGCUGCAUAUUUCCCGAUAAAAAGAGUGAAGGGGCCAGGCUCACCUCCUGGGUGAAGGAGAAUCCAGGGUCGUGGUUCAGUGAAUUCAAACGUGGUAAACUGCUCUCAUACGUGGACGCAGAGGGAAAUCCCAUCGGUGUCGUCCAGAUGACGUUCCUGCGUUUGCUCAGCGCGACGGCACGGCAGAACCUCACCUACAACUGCCAUCAGUCUGUGGCUUGGUACGACCAGAACCAGGACUCUUACGAUAAAGCCAUCCGCUUCCUGGGCUCCAAUGAUGAAGAGAUGUCAUACGACAACAACCCGUACAUCAGAGUUGCUGUCGACGGCUGUGCGUUGAAAAAGGGCUAUGAAAAGACUAUUCUUGAGAUCAACUCGCCUAAAGUGGAACAGGUGCCGUUUGUUGACAUUAUGUUCAACGAUUUUGGCGGAGCGACGCAGAAGUUCGGCUUCGAGGUCGGGCCGGCCUGUUUCAUCGGCUAAGACUGCUCACCGAGCGCACACGAAACAUAUUCAUUUCCUCUGAAACAAAACACAAGAAAGAAAUAGGACGACAUAUUUGUAAAGUUUUGUGUUUCCAAACCAAACCCAAGAGAAAUUUGAAGAAUGGAUGUCUAAACAAUGGGUUAGUAAAAAAGAGCAACCUUUAUAACCUCAGUGUACCCUUUUCAUCACAUGCAAGUUUUGAAACUGGAUGAGGUCAUCGCACGUGUUUCUCCAAGCCCCGCCCACUUUACGCCUGUCCGACUCUUCACCCCGCCCCCGUGAUGCCCCUCCCACAGGCUGUAUAGACUGACUCCUCAUGUAACGCUCGUUUGUUUACUUCGUAAACAACGAAGUUCGUUUGUUUACUUGGGUUUUAUGUUGUUCCCCCUUUCACUUUUUUGUGCAUACUUGUCUUCCGUUCCCUGGAAUGGUGAUUAUAUAUAUAAAUAUAUAUAAAUAUUUUUUCUAUGUUUGUAAGUACUUUCUGUAUAUUUUUUCUGGUGAAGUGAUUUUUUUUUUGGCUCUGGCUUCAAAACAUGCAUGUGAACCCAUUGAGCGAUAAGGACAGAGCUGCGGGUUAUUGGGAAAAAGUCAAAAACAAAUAUGAAAUAUCUGAACCAUCCCUUCUCAAACAAAACCUUUACGGUCUCCCCUGAGUCUGAAGAAAACAGCAAAAUAAAGGAAAUUAUUCAAGAAGAAAAACAACAAAAUGAUGUUUUAUUGCAGAUGUGCACGGCGUCUUUUGUCAGUUAAACAGCGAAAUGACAAUAAAAGUUAAAAUGUGCUAACUUCACCGUUAGGAACCGACUUCCGGGCUCAUUGAGAUCGAGACUCGUGCGAGAAGCGAGUCCGAUCACACACACACAUAAGCAAUGAGAGACCGUCACGCUGAGGAAUCACAACAUUGGUAAACUAGGUGCUAUUUCCUUCUGUCUGUGGUGCUACAAAUAUAUACCAUUCCUGUUUUGUGUUUGUUUUGAUUGAAAAUGGCACUGCGGCGACACCCAAACAAUUCCACGUCUUGUCAAAGUGUCUGGCUGUUGGUUGGAGGUGAGGGAGUAUUUUUAUGCAUGUGGUAAAAUCAUAGUCAGUCACAGAUGAAAACACGUUUUCCUUCCGUGCUCCUUUCUUUUCGACAUCUGACAUAACUGUAAUUACUUUUAUACUUGAGGUGUGUCUUAUGUACUUCUGGUCCUCCAAAGCGUUUGGUUUCUACUUCACACUGCAGCGUUCGUAUUACCGUUUACAGUAACACUCAUAUAACAUGGUUGUACGGCGUCAUAAAAAGGGCCCUGUAAUGUUAAGCGUGACCAUAGUUUGGUUACAACACAACUGAGAGCUUGAAUUUAUUUUGUGUAACACUUCCUGUGUGGAAAUCAGUGCAAUGGAACGGCUUUCACCUCAAACUUUUAGCAUACUAAAACUUUAAACGGCUCAAAUAGCUUUGGAAAAUUGGUUUGGGACCUUUCGUGUUUCUGAAGGGUUCUGUGAACAUCUCAAUGGAGGAUCUCUCUUACCAAGCGCUUAUGCAAGUGAAUCGUUUAUUCAUUUUUCUGCCAAUUUCAGCUUUUCUUCCAAAGAUAUUUCUCCGUUUUUAAUUGAAGACACUUGAAGACCAAACAGAGUUUUUCCUGUACUAAUGUUUCGAGUAUGGCGUACAUUACACAUUUCUGACGCAUUGCAUUGAUGCACGCGGAUUCCUUCACAGAAUUUGGGGGAUUUGUUUGAGUUGAAUAGAGCCAUCCUGUUAUUCAUCUAAUGCUAUUCAGCAUCUUUUGCCACUAGAAGUUUCCUUCGCUCGCUCUUAUUCUAGCUUUUGACCACUAGACCUGCUAUUGCAAAAUCUUGCUCUUCGAUUGUUAAAUAUGACUUGAACUAUUUCUUUAAAGACGAUUGGAAAUACAGACACGUUUUUGUCAAUGCAAAAUAUUGGAACAAAAAUCUGUACAUUUCAAAACCAGCAGUACUGCUGCCAAUAAAGUUGAUUCUGUUUUGUCUUUGUAA